UUUAAAAAAAAAAUGUACUUAUAAAAAAACAGAAAAGAAAGGGGACCUUAAAAAUGCAAAAUAAAGAACCAUGUUACUGCUAUUAUAGCUUAAAGUUCAUAAUAUUUUAUUAUUUAAUAAAGAUGCUCUGUUUCCCUGGCACCUGGGUGGCUCAGUCCGUUGAGCAUCCAACUCUUGAUUUCGGCUCAGGUUGUGGUCAGUAGCCAGAGCACAGAGGAUUUUUAGGGCAAUGAAAUACUCUGUAUGAUAUAAUGAUGGAUAUAUGUCAUUAUAUUUUGGUCUAAAUCCAUAGAGUGUAUGAUGCUAACACUGUACCCUAAGAUAAACUGUGGACUUUGGGUGAUUGUGAUGUGUCAAUUCAGGUUUAUCCUGGUUAAAAAAAAAAAAAGUACCAUUCUGGUGAAUGAUGUUGAUAAUGGAGCCUAUGCAUAUGAGGGAAGGGGAUAUAUGGGAAAUCUGUACCUUUUCAGUUUUGUUAUAAACCGAGAACUACUCUAAAAUAAAUUCUUAAAAAACCAACCAACCAACAUGAAACUAUUUAUUAAGAAUCAGCCUAAAUUCUGAGAUGUUAGAGGAUCACACAUUGUUUGAAGCUUUUCAGUGAAAUUGAAGUGCGAUUCUUUGAAUCUGAUUCCACCCUCAGAUUGAGGUUGUAUUUCUUUCUCUUGGGCUCUGGUAGUUUUAAUUGUAGCCAGGUUUAUGUCUCGAUGAAGAGAAGAAUAUACUUAAAGUAACUCUUCUUCCAGUCUUCCUUGAAAUGAGUAAACAUUUAAAAUGGAAUAGGGAAACCCUUAAAGGGGACCUCUCAUGCAGACACCACUCGUGGCAACCUGUAUCACCAGCAUGAAGUAGGCAGAUAAGAAGUAACUUGAAAAGGGAGGACACUUUUCAAAUAGGAAUGUAUCUCCUGCUUUUGAAAGAAGGAAGAUCCCUCCCUGCCCCAGCAACAAUGUACUAACCGCCCCUUGCAGCCAAUGAGAAAUCGCCACAACCUCCAACUCUUGUUUUUGCCAAUGAACUUUUGUUCAGAACUUCCCCAUUCCCUCCUAAAGUCAAUUUGCUUGUCCUGAAUUGUAAUUCCCCUGCUAUUCCCAAAUAAGCGCAUUUUGGUGGUAAAAUAACUGGCGGUUUUAACAUUGACAUUCCCAAGGAAAAACCUCGUUCCAGAGUUGUAGGGACUUGAGUUUUGUGUAGUGCUGACAUUCCUAUAUGACUGCAUUUACUCCUCCUCAGUUGGAGAUGCCAUACUCUGUCAUUUUUUUUCUCAUUAAAAAAAAAAAAUGGCACAAGGAGGCAGUUGAGUUUAAAGAAAAGCAAAAGCCUAUGUAAACAAUUUCCAUGCUAGAGCAUAUAUAUAAUUCAUGUGUAGCUAAAUACUUUAUAUUUGAUAAGGACAAAUAACAGAAGAACUAUACUGUUGAAUUUUUUUAACUGUAGUGAAAACCAAAUAACAUAAAAUGUAUCAUCUUCACCAUUUUUAAGAGUACAAUUCAGUAGUGUUAAGUAUAUUCACAUUGGUGUGAAACAGAUUUCUAGAACUUUUUCAUCUUGUAAAUCUGAAACUCUACUCAGUAAACAACUCUUCUUUUCUCUCUCCCCUCAGCCCCUCUUACUGCCAUUCUACUUUGUUUCUAGGAAUUCAACUAUUUUAGAUACCUCAUGCAAGUGGAAUAAUACAGUAUGUGUCUUUUUGUGGCUGGCUUUUUUUCACUUAGCUAAUGUCUUCAAGAUUCAUUCAUGUUGUAGCAUAUGAUAGGAUUUCCUUCCUUUUUAAGGCUGAAUGAUAUUCCAUUGUAUGACGUCAGUGGACGUUUGGGUUGCUUCUAUCUUUUGGCUGUUAUAAAUGUGUAGCUAUGCAUAUGAGUGCAAAUAUCUUUUUAAGACUGCUGUUGAAUUUUUUUGAUGAACAGUUAGAUAAAAUAGCCAUUUUAUUUUGAAAUACAGAAAAUUUUCCUAGUGGAAUUCUGAAGAGCUAGAUGGAAACAUUUUGGUAGAAAUUUUGAAGAUACUUUGGAGCCUUUUAAAGAACUUUAGACUUUAAGAUACUAUUCUUUCUAGUAUUUUUUUUUUUUUUGGUAAAGAUUUUAUUUAUUUAUUUGAGAGAGAGCAAGAAAGAUCACAAGAGGGGUGAGGGACAGAGGGAGAAGCAGACUCCCUCCUAAGCAGGGAGCCUGAUGCAGGGCUUGAUCCUGGGACUCCGGGGACAUGACCUGAGCCAAAGGCAGAUGCCCAACCAACUGAGCCACCCAGGCACCCUAUUCUUUCUAGUAUUAACCUCACUUAAAAUAUAGAUUUACUUUUCCUUACUUUAAGUUUAGGACCAGUAUUACUUUUAAACUUAUAAGUACUAUUUAUGAGUUCUGGCUCGUAAAUGGAUUAAAGUGAGGAGGAGAAGAUGAUUUUUUGGCUUGACUGGGCAACAGUUACAAAUGUAAGAAGAUGGGAAGAAGAGGAUGCAAAGUGUCCAGCGUGUAACUGUCUUCUGUUCCCAGCCUGAACCUACUUGGGUGUUCACUACUGCACCAACCCUUGGUGAACAUGUCAAACCUUUUACACCAGAGAAAGCAAAAGAAAUUAUAAUGUCUUUACAACAACCUGCAAUCUUCUGUAACAUGGCUUUUGAUUGGCCAGCACAGCACUGGACUGUUAACCACCUUUCUGAGGUCCUUCGUGGCAAGCAGAUACGAUUCAGGAUGGGAAUGAAAAGAACAGAUACAGUUCCUCAGUUUGAAACCACGUGUGGUUCUGUAGAAGCUGCGCUGGAAGAUUUCCUGAGCUGGAACUGUGACCAGCCUACUAUGUCUGGACCAUUUAGAGAUUACGAUCAUUCCAAAUUCUGGGCUUAUGCUGACUAUAAAUAUUUUGUCAGCCUAUUUGACGACAAGGCAGAUAUUUUCCAGGAUGUGAUAUGGUCUGACUUUGGGUUUCCUGGAAGAAAUGGACGGGAAAGUACAUUGUGGAUUGGCUCCAUGGGGGCCCAUACACCCUGCCAUCUGGACUCUUAUGGUUGUAACUUAGUAUUCCAGGUACAAGGAAGGAAAAGAUGGCAUCUCUUUCCUCCUGAAGACACUCCUUUCCUUUAUCCAACUAGAAUCCCUUAUGAAGAAUCUAGUGUAUUCAGUAAAAUCAAUGUUGUCAAUCCUGAUUUAAAACGUUUUCCUCAGUUCUGCAAAGCUCGAAGACAUAUGGUUACGCUAAACCCAGGACAGGUUCUGUUUGUCCCCAGACACUGGUGGCAUUACGUAGAAUCCAUUGAUCCUGUCACUGUCAGUAUAAACUCAUGGAUUGAGCUGGAAGAGGACCACCAGGCCCGGGUAGAAGAGGCAAUCACACGCAUGCUUGUGUGUGCCCUGAAGACGGCAGAGGACCCACACAAUACCGGAGCUUGGUUAAAUCCAACCGAGGUUGGGGAAACAUCCCAUGAAGUCAAUUGUCGCUACUUAAAUAGAGCCGUUUCUGCCCUUUUUGAUCAUUACAGAACAUCUAAGGUAGUAGAAAUCCAAGCACUGAGAACAAGUAGAGAGGACGUGAAAAAGGAGGGCUCAGAUGUGCACAGUCGCACGGAGGUGGAACAAACAGGUGGCCAGGACUUAGUCCUCGGAACAGGAAAACAGGAGGCAGCAAGUCCCUUUGGCCCUGAUCUAGUUCCUGUAAUACUGAGUUCUGAAGAAGUACCCUCAGAGAGAGGAGGUAGAUUUGAAGGUGAUGGUAAAGACUUUGUUGGCAAAGAUGGAGAACACUCUGGAAAAUUGCAUUGUACCAAGAGGCAACGAAUGAUGAGUAAAAGUGAGGAUGCAAUUGUGGAACAAAUUGCUUCAAAUAGUACGGCUCCUUCUCAAACAUUCAUUUCUACAGAUGACCUGCUAGACUGCUUGGUGAAUCCACAAGUAACCAGGAUAGUGGCACAACUUCUGAUACAAGGAAGAAGUUUGUGGUUCUAAGGAAAUGACUUUUAAAAUAGUACUUUAGGGGUGCCUGGGUGGCACAGUGGUGGAGCGUCUGCCUUCGGCUCGGGGCGUGAUCCCGGCAUUAUGGGAUCGAGCCCCACAUCAGGCUCCUCUGCUAUGA